GGCAGAGCGGACACAGGAGGGAACAAGAUGCAGAAACCUCAGAACCGGACCGUGCGAUUGGCCCGCGGGCAGAGACAGGAGGAGGUGUAUGUGCUGGGCACCUCUAUAUCUAUCCCUGUGCUGGGGGGGGCACCUGCUGGUUCCCAAUGGUUCUCUUUGCACCACUCUCAGAAUAUCGAAGUCUCAGUCCUUGGUAGUGAUCGAGCCCAACAGAAAGUGCUCAAUGGGGAGAAGCUUUGGCCGCUGGUCCAGGAGAGUUUGGUGGAAAUAAAGAUGUUGGCACCGAGCGCUGAGACCAAUGAUGGGAAGAUCACAUUUGCUUAUUACGGCAAUGGCUCAGAUGCUCCUAUAGACAAGGCUGGAUUCUAUUUCACUGGGGUUGAGAUCUCAUUGGAUGUUGACGCAGACCGUGAUGGGGUCGUGGAGAAGAACAAUCCACACAAGGCCUCGUGGACUUGGGGCCCUAAGGGGCAAGGAGCCGUUCUCCUGGUGAACUGUGACAAGGACAGUCUGUUUGCCCGCUCCGUUGAUGGGGGGGAUAAUAUUAUGAUGAGCAAAGAAGAUCUACUGGACAUGUCCCCUAUGUAUCUCCGGAUUCAGGGGCCCGAGAAGCUUCCCAACGGGUAUCACAUGCUGCUCUACAUCUCUGCAUCCGACUCCGGGAAUCUGGGAGUCUUUCACUACCAAAAUACGAUUUAUAGCCAUGUUCUGGGCAAGCAGAAGCUGUUCUACAAGGCCCGCUACUCAGGAACCAAUCAGCUGCAGUUCUUUGUGGAAGGUUUGCAGUUCCCAGAUGAAUCAUUCAAUGGGCUGGUGUCUAUCAAAGUCAGCCUUCUGGAGUCCAUGGGGCAGGGGAUCCCCGACACCCCAAUAUUUACAGAUGUGGUCACCUUCCGCAUGGCUCCUCUGAUCAUCACCCCAAACACCUUACAGCCCAUAGAUGUUUUUGUAUGCAGUGUGAAGGACAAUCUUUUCUUCCUAAAGGCCAUCAAGAGGCUCGUCAGUGAAGCCAACUGCAACAUCAAGAUCUGCUUCCAGGAUGUGAACCGUGGAGACCGUUGGAUGCAGGAUGAGAUUGAAUUUGGGUACAUCCAUGCUCCGCACAAGAGCUUCCCUGUGGUGCUGGACUCGCCACGAGACCGGGGGCUGAAGGAUUUUCCUGUCCGGAAUCUGCUGGGUCCGGACUUUGGAUACGUGACUAAACUUGCAGCCUCUUCCGAAGUGACCAGCCUGGACUCAUUUGGGAACCUGGAAGUCAGCCCCCCAGUAACGGCGAAUGGGAAGAAUUAUCCCCUGGGGCGCAUUUUGAUUGGGAGCAGCUUCCCCACCUCUUCUGGGCGGCGGAUGACCAAAGCAGUACGAGACUUUCUUUAUGCCCAACGGGUACAGUCGCCAAUUGAGCUCUACACUGAUUGGCUGUUUGUGGGUCACGUGGACGAGUUUAUGACCUUUGUACCAACAGCUGAUAAAAAGGGAUUCCGGCUUCUCCUCUCCAGUCCGGUCACUUGUUUCCAGCUUUUCCGACAGAAGAAAGACGAGGGACACGGAGACGCCACAUUGUUUCAGGGGAAGGAAAGCAAGAGAUGGACAGUUGCCAAAGUCAUCUCCACUGACUCAUUACUGAAGGAGAACCUUUAUGUGCAGCAUUGUAUCGACUGGAAUAGGAACAUCCUCAAGCAGGAGCUCGGCCUCACCGAAGAUGAUAUUAUUGAUAUCCCAGCGCUGUUCAGGUUAGAGACUGACGGCCAAGCACUUGCUUUCUUCCCAAGCAUGGUGAAUAUGUUAGUUCUGGGAAAGGAGCUGGGGAUCCCCAAACCCUUGGGGCCGGUUAUCAAUGAAAGCUGCUGCCUGGAGGAUUAUAUGGUGUCGAUGAUGAAGCCGCUGCAGUUGAACUGCACCUUUAUAGAUGACUUUGUGUCGUACCACAAGAAGCUGGGGGAGGUGCACUGCGGAACAAACACGCGUCGGAAGCCAUUCCCGUUCCCCUGGUGGCAGAUGGAGGAGCCGUAAAAUGUGGAUCUGGCAGGGGACCUGUAUCUCGGCACAAUGGCUCUUUGAGCUGCAGGGAGUGAUGCAGGGAGUCCCAUUACUGUUGGGUCCCUGCACUCAACAUCCUAUUAGUUUUGUGCCUUAAAGGGACCUUGGCCUGAGACACCUCCUCAUUUGCAAUGUCACCUCUCUAUAUAUUGAAGCCUAUAGUUAUCAACCAAUGGGGCUAGAGGAGAUUCCCAGUCUCUAAUUGGGGCGAGGCUUGGACCUCAUAAUCUGGCAGCAUACCUUUUCCUAUAUACCCCUCCCCCCCACUAUAUACAUCCCACCAGUCAUGUACAUUAGCCGUGUACAUAACAACUCCCUGCAACCCCUGAGAACUAGUGGCUCAUGGAGGAAGUGGAGAGAACUGCUGAUUGGUUGCUAUGGGUAACAGCCCUGGUUCCGUAAGUGCCCAUAGAACCACAUGUAACUCACCUUUAUUGCAGAGAUAUAGUGUAAGAAAAAAAGGGUCCUGCCAAGCUCCGCCCCUUAUUCCUAAAGUGCCUCUAUAACCAAUCAUUUCCUUUACUAACUCGUUAUUCCAGGAACAAGUUCUGUUUGUUUUCUGUAAUAAAACUUUCAUUGUG